AUGGAGACGAAAUUGAAGACGACGUCCGACUCAGACCCGGAGCGGGACAGCACAAACGCACCAAAGCAGUCCUCGUGGCUCGCGUCCGCGUUCGGCGGCCCAAACGUUGUCAUUGGGCCUCGUAUUGAGCCGGUUGCUGCCCACUUGCUGCCGAAUCACCAAGAGGGCGACAGUGAUGUCGGUUCCGCUGCCGAGAUCAUGGGGAAGCAAGUUGACGCAGAGGAAGGUAAUGGCAUCAAGUACAGGACUUGCUCGUGGCAAAAGACGGCUGGUCUUCUCUUUUCCGAGUACAUCGUUCUCUCCAUCAUGAGCUUUCCCUGGUCCUACAGCCUCCUCGGUUUGGUCCCCGGCCUCAUCCUGACAGCCGUCGUUGCGAGUCUGGUGCUCUACACGAGUCUGGUGCUGUGGGAAUUCUGUCUGAGACACCCCGAAGUGCGCGACGUCUGCGACGUCGGACAAAUGAUCUUCUGGAACAAGAAGUGGGCUUGGUGGUGGACCGCCAUCAUGUUCGCUCUCAACAACACCUUCAUCCAGGCCCUUCACGUGCUCGUCGGCGGCAUCUAUCUCAACACCAUGACUGAGGCAGACACCAUCCACGCUUGCCGCACAGUCGCGUUUGCCGUCGCUGUCACGGUGAUCAGCUGGCUUGGCUCCCUGCCUCGCACCUUCAACAUGCUCUCCACUCUUGGAUUCGCCUCGGCAUUCUUCACCUUCAUUUCCGUCAUCCUGGCGACGGCUUUUGCUGGGGCUCAGGGCAAGCCUGCAGGCUAUCCCGAGUUGGGCGAGCCGAUAGUCUCGGCUUGGACGCCUUCCACGACGACUCUCGUCACCGGCAUGUCGGCCUUCAUGAACAUGAGCUACACUUUCAUCGGGCAGACGACCUUGCCCAGCUUCAUCGCUGAGAUGCGCGACCCUCGCGAUUUCCCCAAGGCCCUUUGGGCCUGCACUUGCGCUGAGAUUGUCACCUUUAGCAUCGUGGGCUCCGUCAUUUAUGCUUACACCGGCAACCAGUACAUGGUAGCGCCGGCCUUUGGCGUGCUGGAGAACGUGUACAAGAAGGUGUCAUACUCGUUCAUGAUUCCAACGAUCAUUUUCGUCGGCUGCCUCUACGCCUCCGUCACCGGACGCUUCAUCUUCUUCCGCAUGUUCCACCAGUCGAAACAUCUCACGGAGCACACCUUCAAGGGCUGGUUCUACUGGGGGCUGGUCCUUCUCGGAAGCUGGGUGCUCUCCUUCAUUAUCGCGGAGGUCAUCCCCUUCUUCUCCUCCUUGCUCUCCGUCAUGUCGUCGCUCUUCAAUUGCUGGUUCGGCUUCAUCUUCUGGGGCCUGGCCUACUUCCGCAUGCGAAACGCCGAUAUCAAGCAUGGCGUGCCGCGCCGAAAGAUUUUGGACAAGCUUUCCGUGGCGCUCAACGCUGUCAUCAUUUUGACUGGCUUCUUGUAUCUCACUUUGGGCACCUAUGUGAGUGUUCAGGGCAUCAUUGAUCAGUUUGAAGCUGGGACAGUAGGAGGUGUGUUCAGCUGCAAGAGCAACGGCCUUUAGGUCUCCGGUUGGUACUAUAUGCACUAAGAAGAGAAUGACUCCUCUGCAUGGAGAGUGGGAGCUUGAGCUUCUCUAACGAUUUCAUGAC